CAAAUUGACUUUGAUUCAUGUUUCCAGUUGCAGGCUUGUUUAAGAGGAAUAUUAAGUUGUCAGAAUUGUGAUGGAGUCCUGUAAUUGCAUUGAUCCUCAAUGGCCGGCUGAUGAACUAUUGAUGAAGUAUCAAUAUAUAUCAGAUUUUUUCAUUGCACUUGCAUAUUUCUCUAUACCACUGGAGCUCAUUUACUUUGUAAAGAAAUCUGCUGUCUUCCCCUAUAGAUGGGUGCUUGUCCAGUUUGGUGCUUUCAUCGUGUUGUGUGGUGCAACACAUCUUAUUAAUUUAUGGACAUUUGGCAUGCAUACUAGAACUGUAGCAAUUGUCAUGACUACGGCUAAAGUUUUGACUGCUGUGGUAUCUUGUGCAACAGCCCUCAUGCUUGUGCACAUUAUUCCUGAUUUAUUGAGUGUUAAAACUAGGGAACUUUUUCUGAAAAACAAGGCUGCAGAACUUGAUCGAGAAAUGGGUUUGAUUCGUACACAGGAAGAAACUGGUAGACACGUUAGAAUGUUGACUCAUGAGAUUAGAAGCACUCUUGAUAGACAUACAAUAUUAAGGACUACUCUUGUUGAGUUGGGUAGAACUUUGGCAUUAGAGGAGUGUGCAUUAUGGAUGCCAACACGUACUGGACUGGAGCUUCAACUUUCCUACACUCUACGUCAUCAAAAUCCAGUGGGGUUUACUGUACCCAUUCAACUUCCUGUGAUAAAUCAAGUAUUCUCUACUAAUUGUGCCGUAAAAAUAUCCCCAAACUCCCCUGUGGCAAAAUUACGACCAAUAGCAGGAAAAUACAUGCCUGGAGAAGUGGUUGCGGUUCGAGUACCACUUUUGCAUCUCUCUAACUUCCAAAUCAACGAUUGGCCAGAGCUGUCAACAAAGCGGUAUGCUUUGAUGGUUUUGAUGCUUCCCUCAGAUAGUGCAAGGCAAUGGCAUGGUCAUGAGCUUGAGCUUGUUGAAGUAGUUGCUGAUCAGGUAGCAGUUGCCCUUUCACAUGCUGCAAUAUUAGAAGAAUCAAUGAGAGCUAGAGACCUUCUUUUGGAGCAGAAUGUUGCACUUGAUCAUGCAAGAAGAGAAGCAGAAACUGCUAUUAGAGCCCGUAAUGAUUUUUUGGCUGUUAUGAACCAUGAGAUGAGGACGCCUAUGCAUGCCAUUGUUGCACUCUCUUCAUUAUUGCAGGAAACCGACCUCACCCCUGAGCAGCGACUAAUGGUUGAAACAAUUUUAAAGAGCAGUAACCUUUUAGCUACUUUAAUAAAUGAUGUACUUGAUCUUUCAAGGCUUGAAGAUGGUAGUCUUCAACUUGACAUUAGAAAUUUUCACCUUCAUGCCCUCUUCAAGGAGGUACUCAACUUGAUAAGACCUAUUGCAUCGGUCAAAAAGUUGUUUAUUUCAUUGAGCUUAGCUCCUGAUUUACCAGAGUAUGCUGUUGGUGACGAUAAGAGGCUUAUGCAAAUUAUGUUGAAUAUUGUCGGCAAUGCUGUGAAGUUUUCAAAAGAAGGCAGCAUCUCAAUUACAGGCGCGGUUGCAAAGUUAGACUCUUUAAGAGAUAUAAGAGCAACUGAUUUCUUUCCUAUGCCAAGUGAUAAUCACUUCUAUUUACGCGUCCAGGUAAAAGAUUCUGGGCCAGGAAUAAAUCCACAAGAUAUUCCAAAGUUAUUCACCAAAUUCGCAGAGAAUCAAUCUCUAGCAACAAAGAAUCCUGGUGGGAGUGGCCUUGGCCUUGCAAUUUGCAAGAGAUUCGUGACUCUCAUGGAGGGUCAUAUUUGGAUAGAAAGUGAAGGACUAGGGAAAGGAUGUACUGCAAAUUGUAUUGUGAAAUUGGGAAUUGCUGGUCACCGAAAUGACUCCAAGCUCCCUUUUAUGCCUAAAAUUCCUGUGCAGUCUGGGCCAAUGAGCUUCCUAGGUUUAAAGGUUCUUCUCAUGGAUGAUAACGGGGUAAGCAGGAUGUUAACAAGAGGACUUUUACUGCACCUGGGAUGUGAAGUAAUGGCAGUUAGCUCAACCGAAGAGUGUUUACAUGUAAUAUCAUCCGAAUACUACAAGGUAAUACUCAUGGACUUAUCUGCUCCAGUUACAAAUGACUAUGAACUUAUCCUUCGUGCACGCGACAAGUACAUAAAACAUCAUAAUCAGGAAAGGCCUCUGAUUGUAGCCUUAACUGGAAACACAGAUAGGAUAACAAAGGAAUUCUGUUUACAUGUCGGUCUAGAUGGACUUAUUUUAAAACCUUUUUCAGUUGAUAAAAUGAAAAGUUCUUUGUCAGAGCUCUUAGAGCGUAAAAUCCUAUUCGAAACAUGAAAAAAACAUAUAUAUAUAUAUAUCUUUUUGGGGAUUUUGGAGAAGAAGACUACUACUAUAGGCUGCUUUCGAUGUGAGCUUUUCUUCUUAUACUUUGCAUCUGCAAAUCAUUUUGCGAGAUGGAAUUUCAUGUUACACGACUUGUGUUUAAUUUUAGUAGGCGAAAAAAAUGGAACAAGAGUUAGACAAAGCAUCAUUUGUUGUUGUUGUUGUUUAUGUUGCCUUGUUUUAUUUAGCUAUUCUUCUAGUUUAUUGUUUUAGUUCUAACUAUUUGGGUGCUGAAAAUGCUAUAACUCAUGUGUAUUAUAUACUAAAUUAUAUGGUAUGGUUAUAAUAUUUAAUAAGAAUUUAUUUGAGAAUU